AUGGUGCCGCCGCGUCUACACCACCAGAGCUCCCUAAUGGCAGUAAUCGAUUUCUCAGAAAAACCCCCGCUCACUGCCGACCAACGCGCAUCUACCACGCGUCGGUUUUUCCAAAUCCUGGAGCACUUCCGGGAUCACAGUAACAGACCUGCUCAGGAGUAUGACCGCGUCGAACUGGUCAGACAAAUGUACAACCGCUCAGCAGACGAUAAGUCUAAGGAUUACAUUUUGCAUGCUUUCUUUCUCAGUGCAGGACUUUCUAUUGAUUCAAAUGAGGACAUCAACUUUAACGACAGUAACGAACUCCGAGCUUCCCUCAAUGGGUUUGCUGAUUAUCUUUUUGAUAACUUUUUUCUACCGCUUAAAGUAAAUAGCGCUAAGACACCUCAGCCUUCACCAGCAACCCAUUCAGCCGUCAUGCGUGCGCUUGAGCAAGAACAUGAAUAUAUAGGAACUCCACAGCGGGUCUCCAUUCUCAGAGCACAAUGUCUAGAGCGAGAUCGCCAUCGGUGUGUUGUUUCUCGCAAAUUUGAAGAAGAGUUGGGGGAGAAGCGAUACAACUUGGAAAUGGGUGGCCAAAAAGAUGCUUUCCGCGACGAAGAUGGAGUGUCUCUACAUGGGCAAAAGUUUGAUGCUCUUAAGGUGGCACAUAUCUUGCCUCAUUCAUUGACGAAGGUUGAAGGCAACCGAGGACUGGCAGGAGACUCCAGAACCCUUUUUGAAUCGCAAUCGCUAACCUAUAUGUUCCAGACUGAAGCCCAACAAACAACGCUGAAGAUACUCAACAUGUUGGACGCGGGUGUCGCUCAUAAGAUCAGCGGAACCGAUAUUGAUCGUCCUGGAAACGCUUUAACGCUGACUCAACUAAUGCACAAACAUUUUGGUCGAUAUAAGAUCUUUUUCAAACCUGCAGGGCCGCCAGAGCACACGUAUGAAAUUAAAACAUUUCUCGCUCCUCCGUUUCGUGAAGGAGUCCCCGUUACUCGAACGCUUUUCAUCACCGCCAGCAAGACCAUCGAUCCCCCGGAUCCACGACUACUGGCAAUUCACUCUGCUAUCGCCCACAUUCUACACCUCUCUGGAGCGGGUGAAUACAUCGAUCACAUUCUGAGAGAUGCCGAUGAGUAUGGGAUUCGACAUGAUGGGAGUACCGAGUUACAUCGUCUACUAGGACUUCAUCUGAACAACUGGACUGGUUUUCAAGACCGUGAUACUGUGAUGGUCUAG